UGAGACCCGCCUGCCAACCUCAGUCCUCCAUCCCUCCCAGGCAACUCAGGCAGCGGCUGAGCCUGAGCAGCCCUGCUGUCCCCCGAGGGGAGGCAGCAUGCACUCGGUGGCCGGGACGCCAGAAACAGUUGGAAGCCCUGUGAGCCUGACUGCUGUGACUCCUUGACACACACACACACAGAGGCUAGCAAGUGCCACCUGUCCCCAACAGCCAUGCAUGCCAGCUGCAGCUCCAGGCCUUCCCCACCCCAAGGCCCAAGAUGACAUCUAACAGCACCGGGGAGGUACAGGGCCCCAUUCCUGCAGGUGCCCUGGGACUCUCCCUGGCCCUGGCAAGCCUCAUUGUGGCCGCCAACCUGCUCCUGGCCCUGGGCAUCGUCCGAAACCACCACCUGCGCAGCCCACCCGCCGGCUGCUUCUUCCUGAGCCUGUUACUGGCCGGGCUGCUCACGGGCCUGGCGUUGCCCACGCUGCCCGGGCUGUGGAUCCAGAGUCGUCGGGGUUACUGGUCCUGCCUCCUUCUCUUUUUGGGUCCCAACUUCUCCUUCCUCUCCCUGCUUGCCAAUCUGCUGCUGGUGCACGGAGAGCGCUACAUGGCGGUGCUGCAGCCACUGCGACCCCACGGGGGCAAGAAGCUGGCCCUGCUCCUCACCUGGAUAGGCCCCCUGCUCUUCACCAGCCUGCCUGCCCUGGGGUGGAACCACUGGAGCCCUGGUGCCAACUGCAGCUCGCAAUCUGUCUUCCCGGCCCCCUAUCUCUACCUCGAAGUCUACGGCCUCCUGCUGCCCGCGGUGGGGGCCGCGACCCUCCUCUCCGCCCGGGUGCUGGUGGCUGCCCACCGCCAACUGCAGGGCAUCCGCCGGCUGGAGCGGGCAGUGCGCCGUGACGCGCCCUCCACCCUUGCCCGGGCCCUCACCUGGAGGCAGGCGAGGGCACAGGCUGGAGCCACGCUGCUGUUUGUGCUGUGCUGGGGACCCUACGUGGCCACUCUGCUCUUGUCAGUAUUGGCCUAUGAGCACCGCCCACCCCUGGGGCCUGGGACUCUGCUGUCCCUCAUCUCACUGGGCAGUGCCAGUGCAGCGGCUGUGCCGAUAGCCAUGGGUCUGGGUGACCAGCGCUACACAGCCCCCUGGAGGCUGGCUGUCCAGAGAUGGCUGCGAGGAAGGGCCUCCAGGGACAGCCCGGGCCCCAGCCCUGCCUACCACCCCAGUACCCAAAGCAGGGUGGACUUGGACUUGAACUAGAAAGGCCUACAAGCGUCCGUCUGUCCGUCUCAGCCACGAAGCUAUUUUCUGUGCUGCUCUGGAUCAAAGGCCCUGCCCCUAUUUGAGCCCACUCAGAUGGAAUAAAACUCCUCUGGCCACUUAAGAGUUCUUGGUAGCCAUCUCAGAAACAGGGGCAUGGGAAGCAGCCCCUGGAAAGAAGCUACAGACAGAUCGUGUGCCAGGGGAGAUGCCAACUCCACAGAAGCAAGUCCCUGCCGCUUAACUUGGGGAGGUGGCGGAUGCAUCAUGACAUG